AAAUGAUCUUAGUUAGUUGGCAGACCGUUAGAUGGCGUUGCAUAGUUUUUCUCAUUAGAGAAUAAGCGGAUCCAUUUUUUAAAACAUUAUAUUUAGAGAGCACAGAAAACGAUUGAUACAAUUUUAAUUAUCCAAUUGACAGAAUACCUUGUAAAGAUUUCUUUAAAUUCUUGUUCCGAUCAUUUCUAACACCUGUUAGUUAACGUCUUAUGGAAACGUAAUCUAAAUUCGCGAAUGCACGUCCAAAAAGUUACUAUGUUUCAACUUAUGAACAUUCCAUACGGAAGGUUGAUUUGAAAAUUAUUACACAUUUUUAGCCAAUAUCAUUCUUGUAAUUUUGUUUACAAAAAUGCAGCCGAAAUUACAGAUUUUAUCUAACAUCAUAGAGAGAUUAGAAAAUGUAAUUACUGCAGCUACAGGUCAUUUAUAUGGAAUAAAAUAUAAUGAUACAUUAGCAAUAAUAACAUUUAGUAUUGAUAAUGAUAGUGAUGAUACUUUUAAUACUCUGUCAUUUGAAAGUUUUUUACCUACAAAUCUAGAUCCUUGUGGAAUAUUAUACAUCAGAGAAAGUGAUGGGAACAUUCCUGAGGCAAUCAAAAAUCAUGGAGUAGUUUUAAAAUAUUUCCUGGAUAAUACAAAUGUAGAAUGGUAUUCUUAUAACAAUGGUGAAUUAGAAAAAUUUAAUAAUAUUGAGAUAAUUAAUGAAAAUAAAUUUAAAGAACAAUUUGCAUAUGUUAGAAUACAAUUAGGUAUACCGUUAAUUGGUGAAAAUGAUAAAAUAUUGGAUACACUGAAAAAAAUUAAUGAACAAAUUUCAUCCGGAAAAGUAGCAUUUUACUUUCCGUCGAAGAAGAUCUACCUUUUUAGUAAUAAUGAUGAUGGUGAUGUGGAAAAUGCGCAACUCAAGGAACUUCUUAAUGUUCUAAGGACGAAUAGUGGAUCUGUACAUAAUAUAAACGCAAUAUAUGCAAAUGUAUUAUUACAAAUAUCUAAAAGAGAACCUAACACUGCAUGUAAACAUGCUCCAGUAUUGCAUCAAGCAAAAUAUGCAUUUGACAGUAUAGAAUAUACUUUUAAUAUUGAUAGAUUAGUUUUAGUUAAUCAUGAUGUAACUUCUAUAGAAUUAUAUAAAGCAUUAGUCAAAUCUAUAUGUCAAUACAUAAACAUUGUAAUAAUGUUUUGGAAAUCUAAUCCUUAUAUCUGCACGGAUUAUGUAAUCCCAUUGGAAUGGUUCUAUUUUAAACCACGAAUACUUGGACAUUUAUUAACAGUGCCUUAUAUAAAUGGAUGGGAUGACGAUAACAUGACUUCAUGCUUAAAGCAAUUACACACAACAUUGGCAUUAGAUUUAACAAGACCUUACUUCCGGCGUAUGAACAGUGUGCAAUUCUUUAACGAUGUACAAAACAGCGAUAUGCUUAUAAAUCCCCACGAGUCUAUUCCAAGCAUUACAGAUGGUAAAUCAAGUAUUGUGUAUGGAUUAUAUUCUUACCAUCAUUAUAUGCAAAAUGAAUUUGAUGAUAAUGGAUGGGGAUGUGCUUAUAGAUCUCUUCAAACUAUUAUAUCUUGGUAUAGAUUACAAGGGUAUACCAACAUACCAAUACCAUCUCACAAAGAAAUACAAAAGUGCUUAGUUGAAAUAGGUGAUAAACCAUUUAAUUUCAUAGGUAGUAAACAAUGGAUUGGAUCAACCGAAGUAGGUUUUAUAUUAGAAACUCUCCUUGGAAUUAAUAUAAAAAUAUUAUGUGCUUCGAACGGAGAGGAAGUAUCGAUUUUAGUUUCGGAUCUCGCACAUCAUUUUGAUACACAAGGAACACCAAUUAUGAUUGGUGGUGGAGUAUUAGCUCACACAAUUUUAGGAGUAAAUUAUAAUGAAUCAUCUGGAGAAGUAAAGUUUUUAAUUUUAGAUCCACAUUAUACUGGUCCUGAAAAGAUAAGUACAGUAAUAAACAAAGGAUGGUGUGGAUGGAAAACCAAAGAUUUUUGGAGAAAAGAUUCAUUUUAUAACAUGUGCCUUCCUCAAAGACCUAUAUGUAUAUGAUUUCAAUAAUCUAAUAUCAUAUUAAAUAAAAUACGUAUAGGUUUA